CUUUGAUUUGAGUGACAUCACCAGUUCCGUCCCAACGCGGAAAUGUGCAGUAUUUGUUAUCAUAAUAUAGGAUCUGUUGUCUGGCAUGUAGCAGACAUAUGAUGAACCCCUAUCAGUAAUGUAAGUAACUGAAUAUGCUGCUGUGAAGUUUUUUUUCCGAAACUUUGUGAUUAUGGCAUUUUGUUUGAGAAGUUUUGAGCCCGUUCGACCUUAGUGUAUAUUUACUGACACGGACCUAGAACACGCCGAAACUUCAACCUCAGACGGACCUGUCCGAUUCAGGGAGAAAUGAUGGACUGGAGGCAUUUGCUGCUGCUGUUGCUUUGCUUCGCUGGAAUAGUGUCACAGUGUGAGGGAGGAAGUUCAGUUUCUCUCCCAGAAUCUCUGCUCUUUGUUUCUACACUGGAUGGAAGUCUGCAUGCCGUCAGUAAACAGACAGGAGACAUUAAGUGGACGCUGAAAGAAGAUCCCAUCAUACAGGUUCCCACUUAUUUCCAAGAGCCAGGCUUUUUGCCAGAUCCCAAUGAUGGCAGUCUGUAUGUACUAGGUGGCAAGCGCAAAGAAGGUCUGAUGAAACUCCCGUUCACUAUUCCAGAACUGGUCCAGUCUUCUCCCUGCAGGAGCUCCGAUGGGGUCCUCUACACAGGUAAAAAACAGGAUACUUGGUUUGUGGUUGAUCCUCAGACAGGAGAAAAACAGACGAGUCUGAGCACCUCCUCUUCAGACUCCAUUUGCCCCUCUGCCCCUCUGCUGUUCAUUGGUCGCACAGAAUAUAUGAUCACCAUGUAUGAUACGAAGACUCAGGAGCUCCGCUGGAAUGCCACCUACAAUGACUACUCCGCGCCUCUCUAUGAUGACAAAAAAUAUGAGUAUAAGAUGUCACACUUUGCAUCCAGUGGGGACGGCCUGGUGGUUACUGUCGAUCGGGACUCUGGUGAGGUCUUGUGGAUGCAGAAGUUUGAUUCUCCAGUGGCAGGGUUUUACUUGUGGAGUCAGGACAGUCUGCGGCGAGCUCCUCAUCUCACAGUCGCAACAGAAACCCUGCGUUAUCUGACCUUCACUGCAGAAAACACACAGUCCCACACCAUGAAGUGGGCCUACCAGUUCACAAAAGAGAACCACAGCACUAAGACUCAGCUAGUUCCUACUCUCUAUGUUGGCAAGACGGACUCUCAUCUGUAUGCUUCUACCUCUCUUGUGCAUCAAGGUGUGGCAAUUGUGCCAAAAGGUCUCACUCUUGCACGCAUCGAGGGGCCAAUCACAGCUGGCGUCACAAUGGGUAAUGGGCGGCCCGAGUGUGAGAUUACACCCAGCACUGAUGUGAAAUAUCCACCGGGAAGCAGCAGCUCCCUGCAGAAUCAGUGGCUGCUGAUUGGUCACCAUGAAGUCCCUCCUUCGGCUCACACCACCAUGUUGAGAGAUUUCCCAGAGAAUCUGCAGCGCUCUGGUGAUGUCAUCCCACCUCAAGGUUCUGGUUCUUCUUUCCGUUCUGCCUCUCACCCUUUGCCACCGGUAACAAAGCCCAGCACUUCCCCCGUGUUGCCAGACUCCUUGACCUCUGACCCCAUGACCGUGCUGGUGAUAACACUGUUGCUGGGAGCGUGGAUUGCCUUCCUGCUAACACACAAAAGGCCUGUCAGAAACUCCCAGAGAUCUGAAGAGCCAGUGGACUCUAACCCCCUGCCGGUGUUGACCAAUCAGAGCGCUGCCACAGAGCCCAACACUCCGUCCUCAACCUCAUCCUUUAAUAACAACAGCAAUUCAGAGAAGACUAGUUCUGUUGCAUCCAAUCAAACUCAGCCAUUCUCAAGCAAAGACUCUGCCCCAAUUACGACAGCUGCUCAGUCACAAAGUGAACAGCCUGACGUUUUGGAAGUUGGAAAAAUCUCUUUCAGUCCUGUUGAGGUGUUGGGUCAUGGGACAGAGGGAACCUUUGUGUUCCGGGGUCAUUUUGACGGUCGGCGUGUGGCAGUAAAGCGUAUCCUUCCAGAGUGCGUGGAGUUUGCAGAGCGAGAGGUUCAGCUCCUCCGAGAAUCAGACGAGCAUCCCAAUGUCAUCCGUUACUUCUGCACAGAGCGGGACAGACAGUUCACUUACAUUGCCAUAGAGCUAUGUGCUGCUACACUCCAGCAGUAUGUGGAGGACCCAAGCUGUCCUUAUUCAGACCUGAACCCAGUGUCCCUGCUGGACCAGACCAUGUGUGGCCUCAAUCACCUGCACUCCCUCAACAUCGUUCACAGGGAUUUAAAGCCACGUAAUAUUUUGCUCUCUCUCCCGGGGGCACUGGGUCGAGUCCGGGCGGUGAUCUCAGAUUUCGGCUUGUGCAAGAAGCUUCCAGAUGGUCGCCAUAGUUUCAGCCUACGCUCUGGAAUACCAGGAACCGAAGGCUGGAUUGCCCCUGAAUUACUCAUAAAUGCUCCAAAAGGGAACCCUACAAGUGCAGUGGAUAUAUUUUCGGCCGGAUGUGUGUUUUAUUAUGUGACGUCCAAAGGACAGCAUCCGUUUGGUGACACUCUACGGCGUCAAGCUAAUAUCCUCUCUGGAAUCUAUAACCUUGACCACUUUAUGGAGGAUAUACAUGAGGAUGUGAUUGGCAGAGAUCUGAUUGAGCGGAUGAUCAGUCCUGAACCAGAGACCCGUCCUUCAGCAGCGUCCAUCCUCAAACAUCCCUUCUUUUGGAGCCCAGAGAAACAGCUCCAGUUCUUUCAGGAUGUCAGUGACAGAAUAGAGAAGGAGCCACCAGAUAGCAGUAUAGUGGCCCGUCUGGAGAACUCAGGCAGAUCUGUUGUAAGAACCAACUGGAGGAUGCACAUAUCAGCACCACUGCAGGCUGAUCUUAGAAGAUUUCGUACAUAUAAAGGAAACUCUGUGAGAGACCUACUUAGAGCGCUGAGAAAUAAAAAACAUCAUUAUCAUGAGCUCCCACCAGAGGUUCAAACUGCUCUCGGUGAAGUCCCUGAUGGCUUCGUGGCAUAUUUUACCUCCCGUUUCCCCCGGUUACUGCUUCACACGCAUUCAGCGCUUAGCAUCUGUGCCCCCGAGAGACUCUUUCACCCAUACUACCACCAUCCAUAGAGACAUGCUUGUUUGUUCCUACACUGGAGUGGAGAGGAAAAGUAAGAUCCUUGAGGAAAUGGAGAACUUGAUGACUCAACUAAACACUGUCGAUGUAAAAUCCUGCACUUCAGAACUGUGAGCACAUUUCGUUACAAGAGCACUAAUGACAGAUUUUACCUAAACAUCCUACUGAAUUUGCUGAGCGAAAUUUACCCAGGUUUUUUAUGUCUAUGCUUUUAAAGAAAAAGGUUUUAUAGGUCAGAUUAACCAAAUGAGUUAGUGUAUUAAUGGGCUUUUACAGAGCUCCCAUUGCUGCUGCUGGUUUUAUGAUGUGAACCAAAGAGCAAAGAAAUAAUAAGGCCAUAUUUUCCACCAAUAAAUUGGCAAAUGUUCUACCAUUUCUGUCAGUUUUAUUUUAAUUCUGACAUUUAACACAGAAGAUUAUUGAAUUGCCAGCCAACUACUUAUAUUCUUAAUAAGUAGAAAAUUUAAUUAUAUUAUUUUCAUAUUAAGGACAUUCUUAUAGGAUAGUUUACCACACAAUUCUGUCAUCUGUCAACUGUAUUUUCAUUCACAUGCUGUUCCAAACUCAUGAAUUCUUUCAUCCAUGGAACACAGAAAGAGAAAGUAUUAAAGUUUCUAAAUGGGGUGGAAAUAUUUUCUUUAGAUAUCAUAAAUGUGGUCUAUUUCGUGCAGGAUGUUGCAGGUGUUCUGAAGCCAUUCAGUAGCUUUAUGUGAGAUUAUGACUGAGAAAAAAAAAACACUGAGUACUACCGAGAGUACUCUACGCAAUUGCAUGGUUUGCAUUAUGCCUUAACACGCUACUGGUUAAGCUUAAAUAAUGAUAAAAGCCAGCACUACAUCCAUUGAUAUUUGCAGAACUAUGAAGAUCUUUGAUAAUUAGUGGACUAAAAACAAAAAAUGCUAAUUUAUUAUAUUAGUCCAUUUGUACACCAAGUGUACAUGUAUAUGUAUUUGUGUGAUUCAGAUAAAUUGGGACUGGGGUUGGGAUUUUUUUUCUUUGGUUUUGCUUUGUGUGGCUUGAAUUGCAGCUUUGUGCUACAUUUAUGGAUCUUUUACAGUCCAUCACACAUUGCAAGCAUCUCCCUCUCUCAGUGUUACAGCUUCAAAACACUAAUAUUGUGUUUCCUUGAAGUAUUUUACAGCCUGCUGUACACUAGUUGUAUACUUCUAGUUUAAAAACAAAAUUAUUUAUAUAUAUAUAAAUUAAGCAGUGAGGAUUUUUGCCACUGGAAAUUCACUCAAAUCACUGAAUGUGGAAAUACUAGUGCCUUUGUUUUUCUACCCAUUGAUGAUUACAUUUAUACUGAUUGUUUUGCCAAAAAUAUCUUUGUAACUAUUUGUUACAGUGGCACAGAUCCAAAAACUGUUAUACUUGAUACAGAAUAAUGUUGUUGCAGACGUGUUUGUUGUGGAUUUCCAUUAAACAA